AUGCCCCCCGUAACCGAAUUCGCCCUCAUCCACCUCAUCCCCAAGCCCACCAACGACACCAACCAAACCACCACCGCCACCACCACCCCCAUCCCCCCGAAAUUCCUCGCCGCGCUCGCCUCCGCCAUGCGCGACCAAGACAAGUGGCACGCAGCCGCCUUCCCGGACCUCCCCUCCUCCGCCGCCGAGCGCGCCGCGGUCUGGUUCAGGCAGGUGGAGGACCCGACCUGGCUGCUGACCACGGCGCGGUGGGAGUCGGUGGCCGCGCACUGGGACUGGAUCCGCAGCGAGGAGAACUAG